UCGUAAAAUGAAUUUCGCACUUGUGCUGUUUGUGAUUUUUUUCUCGUUGGGUUCGUGUAUGUGGUACCCCAGUAAGUACCGACUUUCGGGUAACGUCCGGCCUUUGUUUUACUCAAUCAAGAUUAAGCCGAAUUUGGAUGAGAAAAUUUUUUCCGGUGAUGUCCAAAUCCAUGUCAGGGUCAAAACCUCGCUCGAAUUCCUCGAUUUUCACGCCACUGAUUUAACAAUUCAAAGUAUUUUUUUUGAUAGAAGAAAAGUCGAAUCUUGUUAUUGUAAUAAUAAUCCGGAGUCAAGAAAAGUUUAUAGUUUUCAACCUAACGAUCUCAUACGCAUUUCCGGGACAAUACCACCCGGAAAUCACUUAAUCCAGGUUCGAUAUUCCGGGAAUUUCGCAAGUGACACUCAUGGAUUGUUCAUGUCCGGAUUUAGUGAAAAUGGAACCGUUUCAAAUCAUUUAAUCGCGACUGAUUUUGAACCGACUUUUGCUCGAAAAGUGUUUCCUUGUUUCGACGAGCCGGGGCUUAAAGCCCCCAUUAAACUGUCUCUAGUGGUCCCCAAUAACACUUAUAAUGCGAUUUCCAACAUGCCAGUCAUUAAAAUUGUGGAAACCAAAAAUGGGGUUUUGUACACGUUUCAAACAACCCCACCAAUGGCCACUUAUCUCUUAUCAUUUGUCAUCUCAAAACACACCUACAAGGAGUUUUACCACAAAAUUCCCUACCGAAUCUACGCUCCAGACGUCGAAAAUGACAACACAACCGAUCUUCUCGAAUUCGCAAGCAAAGUCGUCGAUUUUUAUGAACAAUACACAAACCAGAGCUACACUUUACCUAAAAUCGAUUUUGUCGAAUUUGAGAGAGAUGAGAGUACAGCGACGGAAAACUGGGGUCUUAUCACCUUCAAAACCGGCCUUUUGUCCUCAAAAGAGGACAUUUUUGACAAUCCGCAGAAAUUCUCAGUGAUCGCACACGAAUUGGCCCACUUCUGGUUUGGAAAUCUCGUGACAAACGAGUGGUGGGACGACAUUUGGUUACAGGAGGGCUUUGCCACUUUCAUGUCAAUUAAAGCCGAAGAAAAAAUUCUGAACAACAGUGCUGAAUUGCAAUUCCCGAGGACGUAUCUGGAGGAGGUUUAUUGGGCUGAAGGGGCCAAAAAGUCGGCUCCGGUUGUGAACUACGAGGAUUUCCCACCCAAAAUCCGGGAGAAUUUCAACGACGUUACUUAUAACAAGGGGGCUGCAAUUUUACGAAUGCUGGAAAUGAUAAUCGGAGAAGAUUUCCAAAACGGAAUUGUUAAAUAUAUCAAAGAUUUUGGUUUUAAAACAGCCACAACUAACGACUUUUUGGCAGUUUUUGACGAAAUCAGGCCCGAACUCGAUUUACGCGACUUUUUGGAGAGUUAUUUUUACCAAACCGGAUAUCCGCUUAUUUCCGUCGAUGAAAAACAGGAUAAAUAUGUUUUGACCCAAAAAAAUUUGGGCUACCAAAAGUGCGAUUUCAAAUGGACAAUUCCGAUAACUUACAUCACUGAUUCGAACCCAAACGCGACAAUUAUUUGGUUUGACAAAGAAAUGGAUGAGUUGGAAAUAAGGAAAAUGGACGAAAAUUGGAUCAAAUUCAAUUACCAACAAAUCGGUUAUUACCGCGUCCAGUACCCCUCAAGUUUAUGGAAAAAAAUCCUAAAUCACACUGAGGAGUUGGAACCCAAAGAACGCGAGAAUUUGCUCCUUGAAGCCACCUCUUUAUUCGACUUUAACGUCAUCUCAUGUGACACUCCCCUAAAACUUUUGCAAAAGUUGGGACAGAUUGGGGAUUUUAGCACUGAUAACGCUUUUAUUGUGUUUUUAAAACUACAAAAAAUAAAGAAAAUUGACGAAAAAGCUUUUGAGAAGUUAAAGGGAUUGUUUCAGGAGGUGUUGGAGCAGGCUGGAAAGAAGCAAAAAAUUCAGAAUUUUACAAAGGACUUGUUUGAUGAUGAAGAACACAUAGAACGGACGAAAGAGUUACUAGAUUGUGUAGAAUGGCUAAACUCGCCCGAAAUUAUAGUUACUUAAUCAAUUUUGUUAUUGUGGGAGAGAAAAUAAAAUUUUGGUUGUUGUAA